GGGAGAGUGAUUCCCGUGCAAAAAUGCUCACUGCCGACCCAGGGUUUCACUGAACACUACUGGAUGUCUUCCCCUGCCUUUUCAACCAGAAGCCACAUCCUUCUUCUCAGAAGUCAGCGAGUCGCUUGCCACCAGCACUGGCAACAAUGCCAGGGGGUACCAAAUUACAUUAGGCUACGGCCACGUCUCCCCAGCCGCACCAUUGCAGGGCUAAUGGAAAAAAAACUAAGACUUUCACGGCAGGAAGCAGGACGCUUGCGUGCAUACAAGAAAGGGAUUCAAAGACUAAAAGGGGAGACAUAGUCCAGUUUGAAAUUUCAGAGGAUAGUUUUUCUUUCCUCUGAGUAGACAAAAGCUACUGCAGGUCUAAGACCUCUCUUUCUUCGAGUUGUUCUGUCUCGUGAAGCUUUAAGGAUGAAGGCCUCUAAGGUUUUUCUAAAGUUUCUCGUCUCUGCCGUGGAAGGCCUGCACCGGCAGCAGGGUGUGGGGUGAGCUGUGGGGGCUUUGUGACGCAGGACUGCCUUGUGCCCGGAGACCACUGUGACAUGGCGGCCAGCCCCCCUGGCCGUGGGGGGAUUGCGGGAGCCCUGGGGUGCCCAGUGCCAGGAGAGCAGCUCCCGCAGGAGGCAGCAUCUCCCCUGGGUGCUUUGGCACGUCUCUGCCAGAGAAUGCCAAAGACAGAGAUGGAGAACCUUGCCGAGAAUGCAAAUUCUCAGCUCCGCGAGGAGAACUCGGAGACAGGGUGCCAAGCGGGCAACACCCAGCCCCAUGCGGCGCCUCCGGAGAGCCUGGGCCGGGCCUCGGGCCUCCACGGCGACAGACUGCCAGCGCUCCCCGGCCAACAGAGCUUGAAGGGCACCGGCAGCCACCCAGCCAUCGUGCCAAGCAAGACGAAGCCUGCGCAGGGGCUGGGGACCAGCCGCCAGGCCCGCCCCAAGCUCAGGGCUUCCUGGAGCAAAGCCACCCAGCCAUGGCAGCAGCACUGCCUGGAGGAGGAGGAGCUCCCAGAGCAGACGGGCCACGACCAUCUGGCCUCCCUGCCAUGGCUUGAUGGCAGAGCCGGGCAGGUAAAUGCCAAGGACGGGAGGGGAUGGCAUCAGAGGGGACAGGGGGAUGAGCCUCCCUCUCCUGGGGCCAGCCGCUGCACUGCACCGCUGCAACCCCAUCACCUCCCACGGCCCUGUCCCAGCGGCUCCUGCUGCCAGCUGCCCGGCACACAUUUGCUGGGGGGAAGCGGGAGACCUUGACAAAGCACCCAAUCCCAGAAUCCUUAGGCUUGCAAGGGCCCUCUGGAGAUCAUCCACUGCAACCUCCCUGCCAAGUCAGGCUCACCUGAGGCAGCUCACACGGCAAUGCGUCCGGGGAGCUUUGCAAUGCCUCCGGAGACAGAGAUUCCAGCACCUUCCUGGGAAGCCUGUGCCAGCGCUCUGCCACCCUCAGCGUCAAGAAGUUCUUCCUCCUCAUCUUGAGGGAGAUCUCGGAGAUCUCCUCCACAAAUGUCCCUCUCUCCUUUCUCAUCUGCCUGGCAAACCCAGAGCUGACAGGCCUGAAGGGACUGGAGGCCAUCUCCAGCCAGCAGAAGGUGCUGGAGUGGCUCGAAGCCUAUUUCGACGCCAGCACUACCUACGCACUGCCCGCUCUGCCCUGGCAAGGGCCCUGGGCGCCGGCGCUGCAGGCAGGAGCUUGCCUCUUGCCCGAACAGCCCCUUGGCCACACGUCUCCUCCUGCCACGGCUGCUCACGGCCCGGCGCGACGCCAGCCGCGCUCCCUGUUGGCCAGGCUGCUCGGGGCUGCACGCAGGCUGUUCCUUGGCAGCCGUGUCCCACCAGAGCGGGAGCAGCAGCACCGGGCUCACAGUGCCAGGCAGGUGCCUGGAGGUGACCCUGCUGAGCCUCAGCGGCGGCUGAGAGCGCGGCACAGGGAGGCACCCCGGCCGUGGCUGCAGGGACGGUGCCUCAGCCAUUGGGCUGCCCCAGGUGCACCCUGCCCAACUGGGCUCACCCGCUCAUUCCUGGGACCAGCCUAUGAGGCCCCGAAAGACACCUUAGGGCUUCCGCUGCUUCACAGCUUGAGCACAGUUUGCCCACAGUCAGUAGGCUAAAGAUAGAUUAGACAGGUUAGAUAAAUAGAUAGGUAGAUAGAUAGAUAGAUAGAUAGAUAUCAAUAGAUUAUAAUUUUUCUUCAAUAAAACCUUCAGUUUCACCCAAA